ACAAGUUAAAAGAAAAACUAAACUAUAUGGAAAUGUGCAAUAAUAAACAAUCACCAACAUGUACUAUAAAGUCGCCGCGUGAAUCUGCAACCAGCAGGAAAUUAUUCUCUCAAACAAAUAAGACACAUUUUGCUUCUCCAUCAAUAACACUGCAAGUUUCUCCAAUAUUGAGCUCGUGCAGACAUUCGGCAUUGAGAAAAAUAAAAAUAAAAUAUGACGAUGUAGUGGACGACGAGGAUUGUCGAGUGACUGACAAUGAGCCACCAGCCAAGAUUGUUCCAAAAGAAUCUAAUGACGUUGCAGUAUUCAACGAAAGUCAAGCGAGUGAUGAAAAAAGAAAAAGUAAAAAAUCGAAAAAAGAUAAAUUAAAAAUAGAAGAUCGAAAAUGUAAUAAAAAUGAUAUAUAUGAUUCCGAUGAAUAUAACAGGUCGGCAAAUCGAAUGGAAAAUUUUACUGCGUGGACUGAUGAUUCUAAAGAUGGAAUAAAAGUAAAAAUGAUGCAUUUACGCUACGGAGUUUCAAUACCUUAUAAUGCGUGGAAAGAAGCACGAGACCAGAAGACAGCUUCCCUGUUUGUGAGAAAAAUAUCUAAGGCUAUAUGGGGAUGUCAUACCUUGAUGAAUCGUGCUGUGGAACUCCAAAAAAUAAAUAAAGAACGUUUGGUUCAUCGUUCCCCUAGAAAACCGCUGACGCCAAAAAAGAAGGCCGUUUUAGAAAAUGAGUUUACGUCAAAAAAUAGAAUAUAAAUAAAAAAAAUUUAAUAAAUGUA